CUAGUGACAAGCAAAUUGCUAGUCUACUUGUCCAACAAUAUCCACAUUUGUAUUAAUUAUUAACACUUGCAGUAUACUGCAUGAUUACCAAUUAAACAGAGCCCCUUUUUUGCAUUAAGCUAGGCUAACUGGCUGCUUGUAUUGUUAUAUUGAAAGAGUGGUGCCAGUUGUAUUUCAUUUAUUAAGAGUACAUUUUCUAAAAAGGUGUCAAUGUUAAAUAUCACCUAUAUAAAACAAAAUAUCUUGUUUCAAAUUAUAGAAACACCAGGUUUACAUUGUUUCCUCAGGUUUUCUCAGGAAGAGGAAAAGCUCUCAACUAUACAAUCACUUUUGUGUCUGGAAAUAGGGUAAAGCUGACCUAGCACAGCUUUUAAAGCACUACAUUACCCUUAAUGUUGUUUUUCUUCUUUAGAGGUUCAGCCAGACCAAAAGAAGUAAGGUCAACUUCAGUCAAACAUACAGCCAUGCAGAUCAGACCACCUAUGUAGCCAGAACAUUUGGCUUGUGGUUUUAAAUGUUUCAACUGGCUUUCAACCAGAUUACACACAUCCAUACAUGCACACUCUCCCAGACCACUGUUGAUUUUCGAAAUGUGUGUCAAAUUGGGCUUCAGAGUGUAAAGACGAGAACAGGACGAGACAAGGUGUAGAAGGUGUUUCAGAAAUCCAUCUCACACUGGGAUUGAGAGAGUUGAAAAGAGGGCAGUAGAAUAGAACCCUUGAACAAACCAUCAGGAGCAAUAAAAGUGUCUGGCCCCAAGAGAACAAAUAAUAUUUAGAUUACAAAACUGAAAAUGUUAGGGACAUCUAACAGAAGAGGUUAGAAUUUUUUAGCACACACUCUGGAAAGUGAAUAGGGAAAGUGGCAGAAGGUACCAUGAGGUCAAAUAUAAAGACAACAAACUGUUAAACCGAGGCAGUUAAACUAAUGGAACUGUUAGAAAAUAUAUCAACAACACACUCCUGUGGUCUUUGAACAGAAUAACAGUCAUGUCCUUGAAUCCCACACAUCAGAGCAGAGACUUCUGGAAAGAGCCUUCAUCUUUGACCCACCACCUCGCUCCAGCUCUGGGGAGAUAAGUGGACAAGGUGCGGAGGAGCUGGACUGUGCAGGAUGCUCCACUCAGAGGUUGUGGUUGUGGCUGUGGGAGAUGUUGGACGGAGCCAGCAGCACAUCAGACUGUUAAGGCCCUGGAGCUGGUGUGCGCUCUGCUGCCAAAGGAACUGCAACCCCAAACCUCCAGGCAAUGAUCCAGACUUGGCCUUGACUCCUGUCUCCCCUCUAGCUGUGUAUGAAUGAAGCGACCUUCCCACCUUCUAAAGACCUCUGAGUCACAAUCUGCCAUUUGGAGGCAAACUAAAAAUUCUUGUUGCCAUGGAGCAGACAUUUCCCUCCUCUGCAGUCCUAAACCAGCCCCCAGCCGGUUCAGUUCCUGGAUUUUUUUGCAGAUGCUUGGCGGACACCUGGAAUCACAAACUGGGCAAAAAGAAAAGAGGCAGAGGAGAGGGAAUGUGAUGAAGCAUGUCGACAAACCGUGGGUGACAGAUCAUCUCUUGCCUCUCCGUCCCUCGUCCCUCUCUCUCUCCCACCCUCCUCUCCUCUUGCAGACAACAAGGGUUGGGCCAAACAGCAGGUGGUGCAGAAGAGAAGCCCCGGACAUGGGAUUUACGAAUCUGUGUGUGUCUGACUUCUGUACCGGGCAAGCAUGGAGGAGAAGCAAAGGCAGGAUUUUAAAACUCAGGUGUCACAGCAAUAGCGUCUCUGGCCGAGGUGUGCUGAAUAAAGAUGCCCAUGGACCUGGAGAGCUGGAGCAGCACUUGAAUCAGAUGACUCAGAAAAGAAGAAAAAAGCCCAACCUCUAAUCUCGGGAGCACAGUUUGGACAGCGUGGAUGAUGUGAGGCGUCAGGUUACUAAGGCUGAAGACGUUUUUAAAACAUGGAGGCGCUUGUGUUUUGUGUCUGGAAUCUAUUUGUAGAUGAACCUUGAUCUCAUCAUGGGGUCAAAUGAACCAUAACUGUCGCUUUAAAGGCACCUGACUUGUGUCAGCAUGCAAACACAGCAUAGAUGAUUUGUCUGUUAAAGACUCAUCAGUGGGAACUACAAGGGUGUGAUAAUGUAGCUGCUACAGGUGACUUACAUGUGGCCUCUGAUUCAAGACAGUCCAACCACAGUCAGUAUGGAAGUGCAGACAACCUCUGUAGUCUGGAUUUAUGUGAACAGUACAGAACACCUGAACACUUCGUUUGACUACAACACCACAGAUUUGACUGAAAACUCAAACACAAAAUCGUACAUCAUUGGUCUCUUCCUGUCCUGCCUGUACACCAUCCUCCUCUUUCCUAUCGGAUUUAUUGGCAACAUCUUGAUCCUAGUAGUGAACCUGAACCACAGAGAGAAGAUGACCAUCCCCGACCUGUAUUUUGUUAACCUCGCUGUCGCCGACCUCAUCCUGGUGGCAGAUUCCCUCAUCGAGGUCUUCAAUCUGAAUGAAAAGUACUACGACUACGCCGUUCUCUGCACCUUCAUGUCUCUUUUCCUGCAGGUCAACAUGUACAGCAGCAUCUUCUUCCUCACCUGGAUGAGCUUUGACAGAUACGUCGCCUUGGCUAACUCUAUAAGCAGCAGCCCGCUGCGGACUAUGCAGCACGCUAAGCUCAGCUGCGGCCUCAUCUGGAUGGCGUCCAUCCUUGCUACGCUUCUCCCCUUCACCAUUGUGCAGACGCAGCACAGGGGCGAGGUGCACUUCUGCUUCGCUAACGUCAUUGAGAUCCAGUGGCUGGAGGUUACUAUCGGCUUUUUGGUGCCCUUCUCCAUCAUUGGUCUGUGCUACUCUCUAAUCGGGCGAAUCCUCAUGAGGGCACAGAAGCACCGUGGUCUGUGGCCGCGACGACAGAAGGCCCUGCGCAUGAUCGUUGUGGUGGUUCUGGUGUUCUUUAUCUGCUGGCUGCCGGAGAACGUCUUCAUUAGCAUCCAGCUGCUGCAGGGCACAGCCGACCCGGCACAGAGGACAGCUACCACCCUGUGGCACGACUACCCGCUCACGGGCCACAUCGUUAACCUGGCUGCUUUCUCCAACAGCUGCCUCAACCCCAUUAUCUACAGCUUUCUGGGAGAAACCUUCAGGGACAAGCUGCGGCUCUUCAUAAAGCAGAAGGCCAGCUGGUCAGUGGUGAACCGCUUCUGUCACCACGGCCUCGAUUUACACCUCUCUGUCCGGCACGACGUGUCAGAGGUGUGACUGUUAUGAAGCUGAGCCCAGAGAAUAUGCUAGAACUUCUUCAUAUCAUAGUGAUAUACCACUGAGAGUUGAAUAUUACCUCAGCCUUAAUCUUCUUCUACUGUUUCUAAGCUUUCUCUCAUCACUGGGUCUCAAACUAUCUCACUGUCUGAACAAAAACACAGAAGUUUGUACGCUGAAACAGGGACAUCAACGACUCAAUGUGUGUUUCUUUAAGUAGAAUACAAUGCACAUUCAGUACUUAAAGCUAUUUCAUGUUUAUUAUGUUGCAUUGCGUUUUUAGUGUUUUAUUACUUCAAAAUGUUAAAACAGGUAAAUGAAUACUAGCCAGGAGCUAACUUUUAGCAUUAUACGAAUUUCACAAGAGACCAGCCUUUUUUGCUACUUUUAGUUUAAUGAACAUUUUAUAAACUAAAAUAUACAUUUGAUAGAACAUGGGAGCAUUUCUUAGGUUUGAGAGAUACGUCUUGACAAGUCCAUUUCAUUUCAAGUAUAUUCAUCAUUUUUAGCUACAACAUAAAGGCCAUUUCAUUGAAGUCCCACAUGUACUUUUGCCUCUAUGAAAUUAAAGAAUCUACCACUCUCUGUUCAACACUGCCACCUGUUAAGUAUUAACGCUGCGUAAAAUAUUGUAAGACAUGCAAAGGAUGAUGGGUAGUGAGUGGGUGGUGAUGCUGAUUGAAAUCCUGACAAGGUGAGCAGGACCACCUGAUCACUAUACAUUAUUCUGCUUAUUACCCAUCUACCUUCUAAAGACAAAUUUAUUGAUCUCAAGAUGAUUGUAUUUAUCUAAAAAGUGAUUUAUUUAUACAGAAAAAAAAAUCAACAGUGUUCCCAUUGGCAUUUCUUUUUACUUCAGUAGGCCCUAAACGCUGCUAAUCCCCAUACAAUGUACCAUUUUGUGUCUGCUUUAUUUUUGCCCUCAAUUUGAUCAAGGUCUCCAUCAUUCAGUUCCAUGUGUUUUAAACCUCCCUCACUUUUGUGCACCAUUUUCCCCCUUUCUUUUCCUUUCUUUAUCAGCCAUUAAGUAUAAAUCUAAAGCUUUGCGGCCUCCAAAUCCAUGAAAAGUAAUAUCAAAAACAUUCACAAAGUUGUACACUGAUUGCUUUUGGGAGAGGACGUUUUUGCCACAGUGUCAACAGUCAGAUGUGACUCCUUUCGGCACAUUAAUUUGAUAUGAUAUGUGGGAUCAGGUUGAGCCUGGUUUCACUUUGCUGUUCAAAAAUAACUGUCCAUUGUCAUGGGGUUUUGACUAAUCAGAAUCAAGCACUUAACUAACUAGGGAAAUAAGCUAACAGUAACUCACUUUUCAUUGAGGCUAGUAGGAUAUGUUAGUUUUCACCUUGCUUUUAGCCUGUGAGCUCACUAUUGUUUUGAACUUUGGAAAAACAAGGUCUUACUAGUAUGUGUAGCUGAUCACUGACCAAAGAAUGCAAAUACAUGCUUUCAGAAUUUUAUUUUUCAAAAUGAAGAAAAGUCAAUUUGUUGGUGAAAUGUAAAUACAAAGAAUACCACGCAAUAUUUGAAAUAA